UCGAAAUUUUUAAUAUAGUUUAACGAAUAUAUUUAAACCGUUUAAGACACCGAAAUAUUAAUAAAAUUAAUUUAGAAAUCAAAAAAAAAAAAAGGUUAAAUAAAAUAAAAUGAAAUCUUUAAUAGCCAUCAGUUUAGUGAUUACAGUUAUGUGUCUGGCAGUUUUCGUUGGGCAGAUCUCUGCGACCAGUGAACCCGUUUGCUCUUAUGUCAAUUCGCAAGGUGAACGAGUAUUUUUAAAGUAUUUCCCCUUAUCUAAGAAGGGCGAGGAUUAUGUGGAUUUCGAUAGUAGCGGUAAAUGCUUGAAACGUGCUGUCUGCAAUGAAAAAUAUGAGACCAAAGUCGAAAAUUGCGCCGAGUACACCGUUAAUUGUGAAAAUAAAAGUCACUAUAAUGGCGUUUUUCCCGCUUGCUGUGCAAAAUGUUAAAUUAUUCAUUACUUACGUUAUGUGUAAAAAGUUUUCUUCUUAAUAAAAUGAAUUAUUAAGAAUUUUACAUUGACUAAGCAUUAAAUUUUUAAUUCUAUGGUCCUAUGGAGACAUAUACCGUCAAGCUGUGCAAAUUGAGAAUUGAUAAAAAUGCUGCGCAUGCCCAGUUUCUUUUCUACAGAGAUUGUCGGCACUACUCACCUAAUAAGCUAUAAAGUGGAAAGGGAAAAGGGCAAGAGGGGGUGGGAGUGGUCAGGUAUUAUUAUUACGAUUCAUCAUAUAUACUUUCGGAAACCAGCAAGCAGUCUUCGGUGAUCUUUAAACUGUUACAACUGCUUCCUUAUGAAAAAUUUAUAUGAAACAUUAUGACGUUUUAUUAAUAAUAGAUAAUAAAAGGCCGGCCAUCAUUUCGAUUCAUUCACUCACUUCACACUUCACUUCAUGAUAAAACAACAUACAUCACAUAACAUAAUAGACAAUAGGCUAUUCGUGGGAGCGCUUAAAUGAGAUAAAGUUCAACAAGCAGAUCCAUGCGGUCCAUAAUUUGUUUUAAAUUAAUCUCUUCAUCAGCCAUCUUAACAGAUGACCACGAAUUCUACUUAUAACCAGUCGAUAAUAAAGAAUUGACUUUAGUUUCAACCUGAAGUUGUUAGAAUGAGACGAGAGAAUAAUGCAAUCCAAAUCUUCAUUGAUACCCGGGAUUUUCCCGGCAAUGGAGUUUCGUUUCUCGCAAAAUCUCUAUAGGCAUCGGGUGUCGUCUGCGUGCAGCCUUCCUUACCGCGCAGUCAGCUACUCAGGAGGUUUAGCACACAACCAGUAGGUUGUAGAAAAGCUAAAGAUAGUGUAGUGUGAUGGGGGCCUGGCGUGAGCUGGAUUGAUUACUUCUUCUAGUACAUUAAAUCCAAGAGGGAGACUAGUCGGGGUGACUUCCCCGGAAAAUCCCAAAUGCAUGUGUGACGUUAAUUCUAAAGCAUGCUAUGAACUAUGGAAUCUACGCAGGUCAGGCGAUUGAUGCUUGCCAAGAUCCUUCGGGGCGAUGCUUGCAAAAUGAUGCAGAAUGAUAUGUCCAAUCCCGAUUUGAACGCUGCGCGUUAAUUCAUGUGUGAGACUUGACCGCUUGAGUGCGACCCUUCGGGAAGUACUCGUGGUGGCUGUGGUUAUGCCUAAAUGCGACGGCUUGAUACGCCUCGCCUUGUCCAGAGGAGAAGAUUUGGGCCAUACCCGAACUUUUAAUUAGUGCUUGGAAUAGGCCCUCUCUCCUGCAGGAUUUUCUUGCCAGGCUGAUGGGUGCCCAAUUUAACUAUAUUAAUUGCCAGUGGUGUUAGGGAACUCGUCUCAUUAAGGCUUCGCGCCAGGUGCAGACGUUAAAUAUCGAUAUAAUUUGAUACGCGUGGGACCACAAUAUCCGCUAUUCCGCGCAGUCGCGGAGGAUAGAUCUAUGCAUCAUCAGUAAAUAGGUUAAUGCGGCAGUUAUGACCCAAUGCAACGAAAUCAUUAAUAAAGAUAUUAAAU